CGCUUCCGCUGGUUGGGCAGAGUCAUCGGCGCACACGAGGACUCGAGCUGAGCGCUGACUCGGUCCCUCUUCUCCGGCGUCGCCCUCAGGAAGCGACUCGUGGUGUUUUAGUCUGAGCAGGAAUAAAAAAGCGGGAAAAACUCGCCUGGUGUCGGGGGAAACUUUUUAAAAGUCAUCGUUUUAGAGGACGCGAGCGAAGGCGGCGCCGGGGCGGCGGUCAGACAGCUGCAAAGCGGCGAAGUGUGAGGCGAGAAGUCGUGCGCGCGCUCCCGCCCGCCCGCGCCGGUCUCUCUCAGAGAAGAGCGAGGCGCCAUGGAGCCCCGCGAUGCGGCCCCCGACUCCUGGGAGCUGGAGGAGGACUCCGAGGCACCCACCGAGGCCCAGGGCCACACGCAGCUCCGCUCCGCCCUCACCGCCCUCAACGUGAACGCCGCCGAGUUUGUCCCGGCCUUCUUGCAGAGAGGCCUGCCGGCCGAGGACGACCCGGGGCAACACGGAGCCAAGACAGCUGCUGCAGUGGAAGCAUCUGAAAGCACAGUGCCUGUUGAGAACGGAGAGGCAGAAACCGCUACAGAGGACACCUGGGAGGAGAAAGAGGCAGAGCCUGCCGAAGAGGAGCCAGGAGGUGGACCUAAAGGGGAUGGGGUGCCUGGUACCCUGGCGGAGACCCCACUGGAGCUGAUUGAGGAAGAUGAUGAGUUGACAACACCCAAAGUGGCCCCUCCACCAUCAAAUGCCCCCAAGAAGGAGCACGUGAAUGUGGUAUUCAUUGGGCAUGUGGAUGCUGGAAAGUCCACAAUCGGAGGUCAGAUCAUGUAUCUAACAGGCAUGGUGGACAAGCGAACUCUGGAAAAAUAUGAGCGAGAAGCUAAGGAGAAAAACAGAGAGACCUGGUACCUGUCCUGGGCCCUGGAUACAAACCAGGAAGAGAGGGACAAGGGCAAGACGGUGGAGGUGGGUCGUGCCUACUUUGAGACAGAGAAGAAGCACUUCACCAUUCUGGAUGCCCCUGGCCACAAGAGUUUCGUACCUAACAUGAUCGGCGGAGCAUCCCAGGCUGACUUGGCCGUGCUGGUGAUUUCUGCCAGGAAAGGUGAGUUUGAGACAGGUUUCGAGAAGGGUGGCCAGACGCGAGAGCACGCCAUGCUGGCCAAGACGGCUGGAGUGAAGCACCUCAUCGUCCUUGUCAACAAGAUGGAUGACCCCACUGUGAACUGGAGCCUGGAGAGGUACGAGGAGUGCAAAGAGAAACUCGUGCCCUUCCUGAAGAAAGUUGGCUUCAACCCCAAAAAAGACAUCCACUUCAUGCCCUGCUCUGGCAUGACUGGGGCAAAUUUAAAGGAACCCUCAGAGAUGUGCCCGUGGUACACAGGGUUACCGUUCAUUCCACAUCUGGAUGGUCUGCCCACCUUCAACAGAUCAAGUGACGGCCCUGUGAGGUUACCUAUUGUAGACAAGUACAAGGACAUGGGUACUGUUGUCCUUGGAAAACUGGAAUCAGGUUCGAUCAGCAAAGCGCAGCAGCUUGUCAUGAUGCCAAACCGGCACACUGUGGAAGUCCUGAGUCUGCUCUCGGACGAUAUGGAGACAGAUGAUGCUGCGCCCGGCGAGAACCUAAAGCUAAGGCUCAAGGGCAUCGAGGAAGAAGAAAUCUUGCCAGGGUUCAUCCUCUGCAACGCGGAGAACCUCUGCCACACUGGGCGGACGUUUGACGCACAGAUAGUCAUCAUUGAACAUAAGUCCAUCAUCUGCCCCGGGUACAACGCGGUAUUACACAUCCACAGCUGCAUUGAAGAAGUGCAAAUCACAGCCUUAAUCUGCUUGGUUGACAAGAAAACGGGAGAGAAAAGCAAGACUCGGCCACGGUUUGUCAAGCAGGACCAGGUGUGCAUUGCGCGUUUACGGACAGCAGGGACUAUCUGCCUCGAGACUUUCAAGGACUUCCCGCAGAUGGGACGCUUCACUCUCCGUGACGAAGGAAAGACCAUUGCUGUUGGUAAGGUGCUGAAGCUGGUUCCCGAGAAGGACUGAAGCAGAGGGUGUGAGGUGGAGGUCCUCAGUCCACUGCCGUGUGGAUUGACGCCAUGGAGGUUCCCUCCUCUCCCGAUCUGCGGACACAAGACCAGCUUAGCAGCAGCAACACACUUGGCAGUAAAGGUUUUUUUAAGCAAAUAAACAAUGAAAACACGAGUUGACAUGUGUCAGCCUUCUCAUAUUGAGAGCUCAGUUACCCGCAGCGCCUGGUCCACAUGUGACAGUGUGUGUGACGCUUUCUUUUCCACAAUGUCUUCUCUUCCUCCUCCCCCCUCCUCCAGAGAGUAGCUGCACUAUGUUCAGCACAUGUGGACCAGUGUUUUGAUCUAAGAGAGAGUGUGAAAAUGAGCCACCUGAGAGCCAAAUGUUUGAUAUCUUGGCUGUACACGUGUCCCUGUGCUCACUUGGACUGGUUUGUGUGCCCGACGCCUGGUGCAUAAGCCGCAUUUACAUGUAUCAACUACAGCGACAAUAAACACAAGAAAUGGGGAAAACUUUUUAA